AUGGCCGGUCGUCUCAUACCAAUCUUUCCAGACAUGAGUGGAAAAAGAAACCAACAGAAGGAGCAAAACGACGAAUGUCGCCAUCUUUUCGACCCCUCCGAAGAAGACCUGCUUACCAUAUAUUCAACCAUCCUAGCACUAGGUCUGAUAAAUCUCCAAAGCCGCACACAGUCCCGAUGGGCCAGCAUCCGGAGGCGGGCCGCUUUCCGUCUACAUCCGGAUAAAUCCAACAACCCAACCGUCGCGACCGAACUCUUCAAAGUCUUCCAGUACAGCUGCAGAUACCUGGAUGACCUCACCCAAGCUCAAUACGAAGAAUUUAUCGAACGCCACCGCCACUGCCGCCCAAUUCCGCUGCUAGACAUAAUCAACUUCGCCGACAUCCCCGGCCCAUCUACGUCCGCACCACAAGAUCCUGCCAUGUCGGACGCAAUCCAGGAACUUCAACGCGAGGUAGAAUCUCUCCGAGCGCAGAACGAAGCGCUCACCGCGGAGGCCUCCUCCUCCACCGCCGCCCGACACCAGGCGGAGGAGGAGGCCAAGCGCCUCCUGAGACAGAACAAACAACUCCGGAAACGCAACGAGGAAUUGUCUGCCGAAGCCUCUUCCUCCGCCGCCGCCCGUAACCAGGCGGAGGAGGAGGCACAGGCCCUCACCGACACCCUGAACGAAGCUCGCCGAACCCGGCGCAUCUUAGCAGAAGACAACGAGAGGCACUACCGGGCAAUCCAAGCACUCCGGGAGGCCUCGCGAAACCAGCAGCUAGCCGCAGCGGAGGUGGGCGCUCAGCUCACCGAGGAGAUCAAUCAGCUCAGCGCCUUGCUACAAAACGAGGAAGAAAGGCAUCGGCGAAGUUUGACCAGACUGGAUGAAGCCGAAACCCUGGCCGCCUCCCUCCGCCACAAUUUGGAGCAAGAAAUGAGGAGGCCGCAUAAAGCACGCCGUCAGCCGUGCCCCUACUGUAACUCGGCUGACCACAACCCUCUCGACUGCACGGUCGUUGUUGACCGCUCGGUCCGCCGAAGACUUAUCGGCGACCGGUGCGUCAACUGUUUGGGAAGACACGAUGUCAUCAGAUGCCCAAGCAGAAAAACGUGUCUACACUGCAAACAAUGGCAUCACACCUCGCUGUGCGCCCUGGGAACCCCCCACGACGUCCCUGGGCCCAGCACCUCCAGAGCACACGAGGACCAGUGCCCCAUAUGCCUCACCGGGGACGACCGACCAGUGACCCGCACAUACUGCGGUCAUCUCUUCCACCAGAUCUGCCUAGACGAGUGGAUCACCAGCCAGCUCAACCAACAUCAGAACCCGACGUGCCCCAAUUGCCGCGCCCCUCUACAUAUCGACUCCCGCCACCGCCAACCGGAUACCAGCCCAGAGGAACCGGAGGAACCCACUUUCUAA